GCUCCAAAACCUCUUAUUUCUAUAGUUUGCUUUGAGAAGCAGGGGAGAAAAAAAUCCUCAUAUUAGGUGAAGAGGUGGUUUUUGUUGCUUUAGCAAACAUUAAACAUCCAUGUGGGGGCUGGGGUUGAUGAAUGAUUGAUUUGAAGAAAUGCUUCACCGUCCAAGUGGGGACUGAAUUCAAGAACUAGACACACUAACGAAGAUGACUUGCUCCGGAUGAGAUUGUUGGGGGCAUAAUUGAGGCUGAGUUUGUUCCAAGUUUUAACUUUUGGGUCCUUAGCAUUCCACUGAUUAUAGUGUUUACCACAUGAAAUCCAGCAUUAGGAUAUAGUUCAAGUGCAGAAGGGUCAAAUGCGAGUCUUUUUAAAUGGUAACAAUUUUUUUUUGUCCAAAAUUGGAACUUUUAGUUCGGGAGUUGAUGGGGCAAGGUCCAUCAUAAUGAGGCAUUAAGGUUGAGCAAUCUAGCAGAAUGACUGGUUGAGAGAUAUAAACAAAACAGGAGAAAUCAUAAAGAAAGGGAGAGAGAUGGGGACAGAUAAUUAGAGGACCAAGAACAUCAGCCACUCCACCUUCUCCUACUGUUUUAAUUAGGAUGGGGGGCAUGUGACAUCUCUUCUCCUUUUCAAUCCACCUUCAAUUCAAAGCAGCUUACAGAAUAGACUGGUCCUACCCCAGUUACUUUUGUAGCUGGGAAAAUCCCAUUAGAAAAAAAAAAGGGAAAGGAAAGCGGCAAAGGGAGAAAGAAAAGAGAAGGUACCAAGAAAAGGCAUAUAGGAAAAGGAGAAAGAUAUGGAGAAGAUGAUGAUGAUGAUGAUCAGAAGCCCAGAAAAUCCUUCAAAUGAAACCAUCUCCGAAGAGCCCAUCACAGCCACCACUUGCCCGAGCUGGAAGCUUUACGAGAACCCAUUUUAUUAUUCUCAGCAUCAACAACAACAACAACAACAACAGCAGCAUCAUCAUUAUCAUCAUCGUCAUCAUCAACACCAGCAGCAGAAGCAAACUAGAAACAAGCAUCAUCAUCGGCUACAGCUCCCUCUCUCCGCUCGUAAGAUUGCAGCUUCAUUCUGGGAUCUGACCUUUUUCAGGCCUAUCAUGGAUUCAGAGCUUGAUAUAGCUCGAGCCCAGAUCAUCGAGUUGAAGGCUGAGCUUGAAUUCGAACGCAAGGCUCGUAAGAAGGUGGAGUCCAUGAAUAAAAGGCUGGCCAAAGAUCUGAAUGAAGAGAGAAGGGGGAGAGAAGCCAUGGAGAGGGUGUGUGAAGUGCUUGCCAAGGAGAUAUCAUCAGAUAAAGCGGAGAUCAGCUGGAUGAAAAGAGAGAUAGAAGAGGAGAGGAAGAUGCUGAGGAUGGCAGAGGUGUUAAGGGAAGAGAGAGUUCAAAUGAAGCUGGCCGACGCAAAGUUUCUAUUGGAAGAAAAGCUGUUAGAAUUGGAGGUUACCAAACAGACACAAGUUGAGAGGCCAUCAUCCAAGAUGGAACACAAAAACCAAGAAGAUAAUGGGCGUGGAAUUACAACAGCUUCUGCUCCUGCUGCUAUCUCUUGUGGGGAAUCAGCAAGGUUUAUUCCAGGUGAGAAGCCCACUUGUAAUGACAGUAAUGCUGUGGUUCCAUCAAUGGCAAUUCAGCGAAGAGCCUCACCGGAAACCGAAAAUCCACAUAUUAAGCGAGGGAUCAAAGGGUUUGUCGAGUUCCCAAGAGUUGUUCGAGCAAUUGGAUCUAGAAGUAGGCAUCUGGGCACCAAACUGGAGUGCCAAAAGGCUCAGCUACGAAUUCUACUGAAACAAAAGAAUCCUAUCCGUUCCAAUAGUCUUAUCAUGAGUUAAAGAAACCAGUUUUCUUGUUCUCACAUCUCUGUUUCUUGAUUAACUCUGUUCUUUGGUAAGGCAUAAUCUUUUCUUCCUUGGUAUUCUGAUUUUCCUGGCCAUUUACCAAGUACCCUGAACUUCUGUUUUUGGAAGAAUGGAGUAAAUACUGUUUUUGAGUUUGUAAUUGUUGAAAGCAUGUUAUGAUGAAUAUAUGAGUUUGUGUUUGUGAAUA